AUGUGUUCUCCCUUGAAAAUUAGUGAACCAAAAGCAUCCACUCAUACAAAUGAUAAUGAGGUGAAUAUACAAGUUCCUACAGAUUCAACUCAAGUAGAAGCUAACAAUCAAGAAAAUGAACAUGAAGAACCAGUUGUCGGGAGAAGGAGGAAAAGAACUUCAGUUGUUUGGAAUGAUUUUGAUGAAAUGGAAAUCUCCCUUGGGGUGAAGAAAGUUGUUUGCAGAUACUGCAAAAGUAAAUUUGCUAUUGGUGGAAUUGGGUCAAGUAGUGAGUAUCCGACUGCAAAUUUGUAUUUGACAGAAGUUUGGAAGGUUAAACAAAUACUUGAUAAGGAGAUUGAAGCUGAAGAUCUCUUCAUGAGGGAAAUGGUAGGUCUAAUGAAGAAAAAGUUUGAAAAAUAUUGGGGGGAAUGUAAUAUGUUGAUGGCUAUCGCAAGUGUUUUGGAUCCUAGGUGCAAAUUUCAUAUGGUGAGUAUAUGUUUUCCCUUGAUAUAUUCUAAAGAAGUUGCUAAUGAGAAUAUAAAGAAUGUGAAAAGUUCAUUUGAAGAAUUGUAUGAUGAGUAUGUAGGUCUAUGUUUACAAGAGUCUAUGUCUAGUGUUGUUAAUUUAGAUGAUAAUAUUUCAUCAUCCUCCCAAUUGAAUACUUCAGUUGUCACUGGUUUUGACGAAAUUAUGAGCAUGCUACGUGAAAAGGAAGCUGUUUCUCCUAUAAAAUCAGAAUUGCAGGAUUAUCUUGAUGAAGGUAUUUAUGUUCCUAACACUAAUUCCUUCAGUGCUUUGGACUGGUGGAGGAACAAUAGCAUGAAAUAUAAGAUAUUGUUUAAGAUAGCUGCUGAUAUACUAGCUAUUCCAAUUUCAACUGUGGCAUCGGAGUCCACAUUUAGUGCUGGAAGUAGAGUAAUUGAUGAAUUUCGCUCUAAGUUAAACGAAGAAUUUGUUGAAGCUCUAAUUUGUGGUGGAGAUUGGUUUCAUCAUAAAUAUAAUGCUGAAAAAUAA